AUGUUGAUUACUCUUAUUAUGAGUAGUGGAAAUGCUAUAUAUGCAUACAAUCAUGUAGAUCCAGUGACAACAAUAAUUGCUUUUUGUAAGAUACGCUAUUAUGUUAUUCAAUCUACUUCUAUGAUGUAUCGAUGGAGUUUAACUGCAGCUUGUUUUGAUCGAUAUGCACUUUCAUCAUCUAAUGUACGAUUGAGAAAUUUUUCUCGUGUAUAUAUUGCACGUCGUGUUGUGAUUAUUAUCGUAUUGGCUUGGAUAGUAUUACCUGUACAUAUACUUCUAUUUCAUAGUAUAAGAAAUGGUAUCUGUGGCCCUCGUUAUAGUAUAGCCACAGCAUUGUAUCAUAGUAUUUUUACUACUAUCACUGGUUGUAUUCUUCCUAUUUUAUUCAUGAGUAUUUUUACUCUACUUACUUAUCGUAAUCUUGUUCUCAAACAGAAACGUCGUCAAUUUAUUAUUCGUCAAAAAAGAGAUGAAAUAAAUGAAGUAAUGAAUUCCCAACGAAUACGUGACAUUCAAGUUCUAGCUCUAUUACUCACUCAAGUAUUUCUCUAUAUUAUUGCAACAACACCUUUGAUGAUAUGGCUUUUUUAUAAUGCUAUCACACUUACUACAACAAAGUCAAUGAAUCGAUUAGUUAUUGAACGAUUUAUGGGUGUUAUGAUUGAAUUACUGGUCGAUUGUUAUCCAGUAUUAGCUUGUUAUAUGUAUACGAUGUCAUCUCGUACAUUUCGUAUGGAAUUACUGAAAUUAUGUCGUUUAGCACUACAUGCUUGUCGUACAAACAAUAUUGAAGAAGUUAAAAAGUUAUUUGAAACAAUAACACUUGAACAAAUAGACCAAUUGAAACCAAACGGAAGCACAGCUUUGCAUGCUGCAUAUUAUCAUAGUCAUUCGGAAAUUGUAAAGUUAUUACUUGAUGCAGGAGCUGACAGAUCAAUACAUAAUAAACAUCAAUUUUUACCUUUUGACGAAGCCAAAAAUGAUGAAAUCAAACAACUUUUUUUUCGUAUACCGAAUAAUAAUCGAUUGGUUUCGAGUACAGGUGCUAUUGAAUGGGAAUUAAUUGAUGACGAUGUUUCAGACAAAGCAGCAGAAGAACGACAAUAUAUUAAAUAUUUAUAUGACAACGUAGCUGGAGUUACAACUCUUCCUAAAAUGUUUGAAAAAAUCGAAAACAAUUAUAUUAAUAAAGUAUUGAUUAAUUUUAAAGGAAUUGAAAAUAUCAAACGUUUCUUUCGUAAAGCAACAGAAGAACAAGAUCCACGAUGGAUAAUUAAAGCUUAUACAGCUGACACUGAUUUCUACAAAGCUUUGAACACUGAAAUAGCAUGUGGUGCUACCAAAGCUCAAAAUGAACGAAGAUAUAUUAUUGCAUUACUUUAUCAUCAUCCAAUUUUAGAUCAAUUAGCAUUUAUUGGGAAUGCUUGUCGAGUUAUCAAAAUAAAUUCUGAUGAUCUUGAUAAAUAUCAAGUUGAUUUUACAUCAAUGCAAAAUAAUAAUAAUGAAGAACGUGUUAAAGUUGAUGGAACAAUAAUAAAAUCAUGGAUUAUGUGUAAAUAUAUUAUUAAACAUCAUCGGACAGCUUUACAUAUUGAAAAUAUAUCUCAAUAUACAAGUGAAGGAGAAAUAUUAAUUAUGCCUUAUACUGUAUUUAAAAUAAACAAAAUUAAAAAAGUUAAACCUUCAUAUUUACCAGAUGGACAAUCAAUCACUGAAAUUCAAUUAGAAGAAUCUCAUUAA